AUGCCAUACUCUGUAGCUAUUAGCCUUGGGAUGACUGACUUCAAGCCAACUAAGAUCUCUUUGAUCCUAGCAGAUCGAUCUAAAAGAAUCCCAAAAGGUGUCUUGGAGGAUGUUUCGAUUAAAGUUAGUGAUUGCAUAAUUCCUACAGAUUUCGUGGUUCUGAAAUAUGGAGAGGAACCCAAAGAUCCUCUUAUCCUGGGAAGAUCGUUUUUAGCUACAGCUGGAGCGGUAAUUGAUGUCAAGCAUGGUAACCUUGAUCUCCACUUGGGAGAUACCAUCAUGACUUUCAAGAUGGAGAAGCUGAAGGAUCCAACCAUAGAUGGUCAGACAUUCCAAGUCAGUGCAAUACCUGAAGUGAUAGUUGGAGAUCAGAACGUGUUUGAUGCUGAGAAGGUGAUAGAUCAACCUGAGUUAACUAAGACGUCUACAGAACCAGUAUUUGCUAUUGAGCAGAAAGCUCAAAACUUCAUGCUCUAUUCAUCUCCACCAAAGCAAAGGUACGCACCUCUUGAGUUUAAUCCUAAUUCUUGUGAUAUCAUCAAAACUGAUUUGAAAGAUGCAGACUCUGUCUCACGACGCAAGCUACGAGAUUAUCGUAGGGCACUUGGUUUUUCGAUUGAUGAUAUUGCAGGGAAUAGGUUGAAGCCACCCAAACACAGAUCUCACCUUGGUGUUAUUCCUACAUUCCUUGGACGACCUCAUGCACACAACGCUUACACACCACCAUGGAUGAGACGACUUUCACAGAGGCACUCUUUGCCACUGUCUGAUCCACCAGAUGCAUAG